AUGGCGCUCUCUACUCCAACCAGCAACGGUUCCCGUCGCUUCAACCCUCUUUCGUCUCCGUCUAAGAAUGAGACCCCGAGGUCUUCGUCGGGGCUCAUAAGACCAACAUUGCCUCCGAGGAGCGUGACCAGCGAUUCUAUCGAGGAUGCCUACGUGAGCUUUAUUCUUUACUGCAACCCGGCAGUACCCUUAGAGACGGAUACGGCCGCGCUCAGAGAGGCUUUUCGAACUCCACCUAAGAGUGAAGGUAAAAGCUUCAGCACGUUCAACCUAUUCGAGCUCAUCAAGCAACUACAUGCCAAGGAGCUUAAGACGUGGGCAGAACUGGCAUUAAAACUCGGUGUCGAGCCGCCCGACCACGAUAAGGGGCAGAGCUCUCAAAAGAUACAGCAGUAUGCCGUCCGCCUAAAGCGAUGGAUGCAUUCCAUGCACAUAAAUGCCUUCUUCGAUUAUCUGAUGGACAAUCCUCAUCCCUAUUGGACCCAGAUCCCGAGUGAUCCAAAUCCCGUAUGUGAGGAGGGUAGGGACGGAGUUGCUGCCGAAGAUGACAUGGCUUUACGUGCCUUGUUACCUCACAUUCGGCCGCGCCGGGGCCGAAAGAGACCCGAGGACGACAGUUUCAGCAAAUCCCCAUCCCAAAGGCCAAGGUUAGAGUCCCCAAAUUCCAACGGGGAGGCUAGGGCUGCUCGGCCAGACGCCUUAGAUCCGUGGACAGCCCAUCCAGACGGAAGAAGCGCUUUUAUGUUUCCUCCAGUCGAUCCACGAUCAAGUGUAUUGCCGGAGGCAAACUCGGCCUUUCCAUGGGGUAACGAUGUUUCCCGUGAGCCUAUGUCGGCGUAUCCUCACUCCGCAAUGACACCUUCGACGAGAGGCGCGUUCUGGGGAGAUCCCAUGGAGCCUCGUUCAGCAAUCAGCCCCCCUAAGGCUAGAUCACUUGGCCGUCGCCACGGAGCGAAGGUAGUUUCUUCCGCUUGGAGAAGUGGUGGUGUAUCUACAAGCGGUAGACCUCGGGGGAGACCGCCCAGCAGUCGGCCUAGCGACGGACCAUUAUCAGCAAUCCCGGACGAGCGUAAUGAAUUCCAGGCAACACCUUUCGAACAGAGCGCGCCCCAAUCGGAUGUAUUUCCCGAAUCAAUGCACCCUCUAGAUCAGCUCCCAAAAUCGACCGGACCUACGUCUGCGCCAAUUACGACACCAACAACUACCACUCCCACCACUCGACCUUCACGGCCCGGUCGCCUCUCUCUACAAGUACCGGAAAGAGCAGGUGGUCCCGUCAGGCUAGCCACUCCCCCUCCGUUUCUAAUGGUGAAUGGAAAGAGUGCAGUCAACGGGACUGUAUCGAGCGGCGCUAGCGGAAUAACGGCUAGUCCUAUAGAAGAUGUGACUGUAUUUGACCGUACUGCGACUGUAUUUACAACCGGGCCAACCGAUAACCCCGCGGGUCUGACUGUGCAGUUCAAUUUCAACGACGGUGACAGAACGAACCGCGACGAGACGGAAACUUUACUCGUCGCAGACCUCCUUGAGAGCACGUGGCUCGACGAGAAAGGACAGCCCAGUCCACCACCCGAUAUCGACGAAGCGCUCGCCCUAGCACGGGCCAUCAUCGCAGGCCUCGCGAAGCGGACCCAUAGCCCCGAAUCGUUCCUUAUCGCCGCGGCAGCACUAGCCGGCUCCAGGCACCUACCGAAGCCAAACGGCGGCGGAGGAGGAGGAGGAGGUAACGUCGUACAUCGGCUCGAAGUCGGCGUAGACUAUACGCGGUAUAGCUACGUGUGGGGGCUGCGCUGCGGAUCCGCGAACGCCCGGUUCCGGUUCACGGAGACGGUGCCGCACGCGCGGUGGAAGAAGGGCGCGCAGCACCGGGCCGAGGGCGCGGACGUCCCGGCCGAAGGGGACGCCGCGGCCGAGUUCUGGCGCAGGAGGUAUGCUGAGCUGGUGCAUAUGGUGGGGCGGGGGAGGAAGCGCGAGGACGCGAUGGCUGCUGCUGCGAAAGGGGCUAGGGAGGGGAGAUAG